GUUCUUGGACCUGUAGCUGGCCCAGCUUCUCUACCAAGAUAGCGUGCUCAACUCAUAUACAUACUGCACGUACACCUCGCCCCCUAUAUACGAUCGACGCACACACACACACACUUCCCAGAUCACGCAGACCGCGCCGCUCUCGUAAAACACCGCGAAAAACCACAGUCGAAACGCGCGCAAAUCAAUCAAGGAUCGUUCGUGUGGAGCGAGCUAGCUAGGGUGUCGGGUCGAGAUGGCGCCGGUGGCGAUGACGUUCCUCCCGACGGCGUCGAACGAGGCGACGCUGCGGCCGUCGUUCGUGCGGGACGAGGACGAGCGGCCCAAGGUGGCGUACAACCAGUUCAGCGACGCGGUACCGGUGGUGUCGCUGCAGGGGAUCGACGGCGCGGCGCGGGCGGAGAUCCGGGCCCGGGUGGCCGCCGCGUGCGAGGGGUGGGGCAUCUUCCAGGUGGUGGACCACGGCGUGGACGCGGAGCUCGUCGCGGAGAUGGCGCGCCUGGCGCGCGACUUCUUCGCGCUGCCGCCCGAGGACAAGCUGCGGUUCGACAUGUCCGGCGGCAAGAAGGGCGGCUUCAUCGUCUCCAGCCACCUCCAGGGGGAGGCGGUGAAGGACUGGCGGGAGAUCGUGACCUACUUCUCGUACCCGGUGAAGGCCCGCGACUACUCGCGGUGGCCCGACAAGCCGGCGGGGUGGCGCGCGGUGGUGGAGCAGUACAGCGAGCGGCUCAUGGGCCUCGCCUGCAAGCUGCUGGGCGUGCUCUCCGAGGCGAUGGGCCUCGACACCACCGCGCUGGCCGACGCCUGCGUCGACAUGGACCAGAAGCUGGUCGUCAACUUCUACCCCAAGUGCCCCCAGCCCGACCUCACCCUCGGCCUCAAGCGCCACACCGACCCCGGCACCAUCACGCUCCUCCUCCAGGACCUCGUCGGCGGCCUCCAGGCCACCCGCGACGGCGGCAAGACGUGGAUCACCGUGCAGCCCAUCCCCGGCGCCUUCGUCGUCAACCUCGGCGACCAUGCCCACUAUCUGAGUAAUGGGAGGUUCAAGAACGCCGACCACCAGGCGGUGGUGAACUCCGACUGCUGCCGGCUGUCGAUCGCGACGUUCCAGAACCCGGCGCCGGACGCGAAGGUGUACCCGCUGGCGGUGCGCGACGGGGAGGAGCCCAUACUGGAGGAGCCAAUCACGUUCGCGGAGAUGUACAGGCGCAAGAUGGCACGCGACCUCGAGCUCGCCAAGCUCAAGAAGAAGGCCAAGGAGCAGAGGCAGCUGCAGCAGGUGGCGCUGCCGCCGCCGCCGCCGCAGCUCGCCGCGGAUUUGGCCGCACAGAAGCCCAAGUCUCUCGACGAGAUUCUUGCUUAGAUCGUCACGCACUCAGCGGGAUAUUGAUGUGUGUCGACUCGAGUAUGAACUAGAUAAGUAAUAUGAUUAUGCAUGUGCAGCACGAGACAGAAAUAAUGUGUAUCUUCGGUCGAAUUGAAGCAGUCGUAAUAGUACCAAGUAAGGAUUUUAACAA